AUGUCCGUCCCUCCUUUGGAGUGUCUGUAUAUUACAGAAGACCAUCUUCGGGAAUGGAAAAGUGGCAAUACAAACUAUCGUGUUGCUGACCCUGUGCCCAUGCUUCGAUUCCUCUACGAGCUCAGCUGGACUAUGGUUCGGGGAGAACUCCCUUUUCAGAAGUGCAAACUGGCAUUGGAUUCAGUGGUGUUUGCAGAUUCGCCGUCAAAGGGCGAGUUGAGCUCUACCUUUGCUGAUAUAAUUACCCAAAUGGCUUUAGACCUUACAAUGCCUGGAGAUUACCGCGCACGUCUCAUAAAGUUGGCGAAGUGGUUGGUCGAAUCUGCGCUGGUUCCGUUGAGGCUGCUACAGGAGCGAUGUGAGGAGGAGUUUUUGUGGGAGGGAGAAAUGAUAAAGAUAAAGGCUCAAGAUUUGAAGGGCAAGGAGGUCAGAGUUAACACUCGUCUCCUUUACCAGCAAACAAAGUUCAAUCUGCUUCGAGAAGAGAGUGAGGGCUAUGCCAAACUGGUUACUCUUCUUUGUCGGGGAUCAGAAGAUACAACUGUAAAUGCAUCAGCCGCUACAAUAGGAAUCAUUAAGUCAUUAAUUGGCCAUUUUGAUUUGGACCCAAAUCGUGUUUUUGAUGUUGUUUUAGAGUGUUUCGAACUUCAGCCUGACAACAGAGUCUUCUUAGAACUAAUUCCCAUCUUCCCUAAGUCUCAUGCGUCACAGAUUCUUGGUUUUAAGUUUCAAUAUUAUCAAAGGAUGGAAAUACACAAUGCUGUACCCUUUGGGCUCUAUCAGCUAACAGCUUUGCUGGUGAAGAAGGACUUCAUUGAUCUAGACAGCAUAUAUGCUCAUUUGCUUCCCAGGGACGAUGAGGCCAUAGAGCAUUAUCAUGCAUUUUCCUCCAGGCGAUUAGAUGAGGCCAACAAGAUAGGGAAGAUAAAUUUGGCUGCCACGGGGAAGGAUCUUAUGGAUGAAGAGAAGCCAGGAGAUGUGACUAUUGAUCUUUUUGCUGCCUCAGAUAUGGAAAGUGAGGCAGUGGCCGAGCGAUCUGCUGAACUGGAAAAAAGUCAAACUUUGGGCCUACUUGGUGGUUUCCUUUCAGUCGAUGACUGGUAUCAUGCCCAGAUGUUGUUCGAUCGCCUUUUUGUGCUUAAUCCUGUGGCACAUGUUCAAAUAUGUUAUGGUUUGUUCAGGCUCAUUGAAAAGGCAAUCUCUUCAGCAUAUGACAUUGUUCGCCAGUCACAUUUUCAAUUGUCCGAGUCUCCUACAGUGGUUGGGGUUGAUGUUAUGGAUGCAAGUGCUCAUAAGAGAUGCUCAGUUUCUCUUCCGAAGGAACUCUUCCAGAUGCUGGCUGCUGUUGGACCUUACCUUCAUCGCGAUACAAUAUUGCUCCAGAAGGUGUGUAGAGUUUUAAGAAUAUAUUACUUGUCAACUCUUGAACAUGCAACCGACGGUGAUGGAGCUGCACAUUCUCAGCCUACAUCUGGAAAUCAAGCCUGUCGCCAGCUCCUAAGGGAUGCUAGGUCAAGAAUUGAGGAAGCUUUAGGAUCAUGUUUGCUUCCUUCAUUACAGUUGAUUCCUGCAAAUCCAGCAGUUGGGCAGGAGAUUUGGGAAGUUAUGAGUCUCCUUCCAUACGAGGUACGUUAUCGGUUAUAUGGCGAAUGGGAAAAAGACGAUGAGAGGAAUCCGAUGGUUUUGGCCGCAAGGCAAACAGCUAAGUUGGAUACUAGAAGGAUCUUGAAAAGACUUGCAAAGGAAAAUUUGAAACAGCUGGGCAGGAUGGUUGCCAAACUUGCACAUGCAAAUCCCAUGACUGUUCUUCGGACUAUUGUUCAUCAGAUUGAGGCGUACAAAGAUAUGAUUACUCCAGUUGUAGAUGCUUUCAAGUAUCUGACACAGCUUGAGUAUGACAUCUUGGAAUAUGUGGUGAUCGAGCGCUUGGCUCAGGGUGGUCGGGAUAAGCUAAAAGAUGACGGCCUUAAUUUGUCGGACUGGCUCCAGUCGUUGGCGUCAUUCUGGGGUCACCUGUGCAAGAAGUAUCCAUCAAUGGAGCUAAGGGGUCUUUUCCAGUACCUUGUGAACCAAUUGAAAAAAGGCCAAGGAAUUGAGCUUGUACUUCUCCAGGAGCUCAUUCAGCAAAUGGCAAACGUCCAGUACACCGAGAAUCUGACAGAGGAACAGUUAGAUGCCAUGGCAGGGAGUGAAACUCUUCGUUUUCAGGCUACUUCUUUUGGGGUAGCACGAAAUAAUAAGGCGUUAAUCAAAUCUACUAACAGACUCCGCGAUUCAUUGCUUGCAAAGGACGAACCAAAGCUGGCCAUCCCCCUUCUGUUGCUUAUCGCUCAACACCGUUCAGUAGUUGUCAUAAAUGCAGAUGCACCAUACAUUAAAAUGGUUUGCGAGCAAUUUGAUAGAUGCCAUGGAACUCUUCUUCAAUUUGUGGAAUUCCUAGGCAGUGCAGUGACCCCAGCCACUGCUUAUGCAAGAAUGAUUCCUUCUCUAGAUGAUCUUAUUCACCAGUACCAUCUCGAUCCCGAGGUUGCUUUUCUGAUAUACCGCCCAGUAAUGAGGCUCUUCGGGUGUGAGGGGAGUUCUGAUGUUUUUUGGCCUUUAAGCAACAAUGGAACUGCCCGUGCUGCAAGUGCUGAUAUGGAGGCUGAACCAACUGAAUAUUCUGCAAAAUUGACUCUCGAUCUUGGGUCUUCUAAGAAACCUAUAAUGUGGUCAGAUUUGCUUGAAACUGUGAAGACCAUGUUACCUUCGAGGGCUUGGAACAGCCUCUCUCCAGAUCUUUAUGCAACCUUCUGGGGGCUAACCCUUUAUGAUCUUUAUGUUCCUAGAAGUCGUUAUGAGUCAGAAAUUUCGAAGCUGUAUUCUUCUCUUAAGGCUUUGGAAGAGCUUUCUGAUAAUUCAAGCUCAGCUAUUGCCAAAAGGAAGAAAGACAAGGAGCGCAUUCAAGAAUCUCUAGAUCGUUUGACUAGUGAACUCCAAAAGCAUGAAGAAAAUGUUGCAUCUGUUCGCCGGAGGCUUACCCAUGAAAAGGACAAAUGGUUGAGUUCAUGCCCUGAUACUUUAAAAAUUAAUAUGGAAUUCCUUCAACGCUGUAUUUUUCCACGCUGCACUUUCAGCAUGCCUGAUGCUGUCUACUGUGCUGUGUUCGUACAUACUCUACAUUCCCUUGGGACACCGUUUUUCAAUACUGUAAACCACAUUGAUGUUCUCAUAUGCAAAACCUUGCAACCUAUGAUAUGUUGCUGUACUGAAUAUGAAGCUGGCAGACUUGGGCGUUUUUUGUACGAGACACUGAAGAUUGCUUACCACUGGAAGAGUGAUGAAUCUAUAUAUGAACGUGAGUGUGGAAACAUGCCAGGGUUUGCUGUUUAUUAUAGGUUUCCGAACAGCCAACGUGUUACAUAUGGCCAAUUCAUUAAGGUGCAUUGGAAAUGGAGUCAGAGAAUCUCACGACUGUUGAUACAGUGCCUAGAAUCAUUGGAGUACAUGGAAAUCAGGAAUGCUCUCAUUCUGUUGACAAAAAUCUCAAGCGUUUUCCCUGUGACCAAAAGGAGUGGAAUUAACAUUGAAAAGCGGGUAACAAGAAUAAAGAAUGAUGAAAGGGAGGAUCUUAAGGUUCUGGCUACUGGGGUUGCUGCUGCUUUGGCCUCUAGAAAGCCAUCAUGGGUUUCAGAUGAAGAGUUUGGCAUGGGAUAUCUUGACUUGAAGCCCCCAGCUGCAUCAAAAUCUCAAUCUGGGGCUGCAGCACCUAUGCACAGUAGUUCUGCAACUAAUGCUUCUCAAAAUGAAGUCAGCAGUGCGAAGGUGCGAAUCACUGGCACCCACCAUGGCGAUUUUGGAAUUUCAUCAAGGGAACAGAUAAGUAGAGGAAAAUCUUCAGAUGGGAGGCUGGACAAAAUGGAAAGUGGCUCGCACGUAAAAUCUGAUGCUGGGCAUCAGAAAUUAAAGUGUGUUUCUUCUGCUGAUGGAGCAGCAGAUGGUCAGUUAUCUGCACCAUUGGUCGCUGUUCAAGCUGGGUCGUCAAGGUCAGCCGAGAAUCAGAAACAAUUGGAGAAAUUGGGUAAUAGAGAAGUGGAUGAAUCAACUAUCAGGCUUGCUUCGAGGAGCUCUGUGGAGUCGGAGACAAAGACUUCUGCAAAACGAACAAUUUCUGCCGGAGUAGCUACCAAGACACUGAAGCAAGAUCCUACUAAGGAUGAGAGCAAAAUUGGAAAAUCUGUUGGCAGAAGUUCUACCAAUGAUAGAGAGGUUCCUGGUUCAGCAGUUGUUUCUUCAGCAGUUGCAUCAAACGGUAAUGCAAUUCCAUCAUCUGCUAAAGCAACUCCAUCUGCCAGAACAUCUGAUACUUAUCAUAAUAAUGACUUAAAGGCAGAUGCCGGAGUUCCCAAAUCUGCAGAUGCAUCUGAAAUAGCUGAGCAGAAGAUCCCGUUUCGGCUUGUUCAUUCUCCUAGGCAUGAGGCCUCUAUUUCUACUUCGAGGUCUAGUGAUAAGUUGCUAAAGCGAGCAAGUCCUGCCGAAGAACCGGACAGAUCAGGAAAACGUCGAAGAGGCGACACUGAGUCUAAGGAUUUGGAAGGUGAAGCUCGGGUUUCUGACUGGGAUAAGUCUACCGAUACUCGAUCAGUGGAACUUGAUAAGAUGGGGAAUGACGACCAGUCUUUGCAUAGAAUGACUGAGAAACCCUCAGAUAAAUGCAAAGAUAAGGGCAGCGAAAAUAAAUAUGAAAGAGACUUUCGAGAAAGAUUGGAUCGCCCAGACAAGUCUUCUUUGAGAGAUGAUAGUAUCCCUGAAAGGCCCCGAGAUAGGUCAAUGGAAAGAUAUAGAGAGAGAUCCACUGAGAGGGGCCAAGAAAGAGGUACUGACAGGGGGGGCCAUGAUAGAGUCCCAGAAAAAGUAAAAGAUGAAAGGAACAAAGAUGACAGAAAUAAAUUGCGCUAUAGUGAUUCAUCUACGGCUGAUAAAGCUCACGGCGAUGAUCGAUUUCGUGGUCAAAAUUUGCCUCCACCGCCACCCUUACCUCCGCAUGUGGUUCCCCAGUCGGUAGCUGCGGGUAGAAGGGAUGAUGACUCUUCUGAUAGAAGGUUUGGAGCUAGUACCAGACAUGGGCAGAGGCUUUCUCCAAGAAAUGAUGAGAAGGAACGAAGACGAUCAGAAGAGAAUUCUGUGGUCUCACAAGAUGAUGCAAAGCGUAGAAGAGAGGAUGAUUUUCGGGAGAGAAAGCGAGAAGACCGGGAUGGACUCAGUGUAAAGGUGGAGGAGAGAGAAAGAGAGAGAGAAAGGGAAAGAGAGAAGGCGAAUUUGUUGAAGGAGGAAACAGAUGCUGCUGCGACAUCUAAGAGGCGAAAGCUUAAAAGAGAGCAGUUGCCAGCCGGUGAAGUUGAUGAAUAUUCUCCAGUGGCCCCGCCACCACCUUCCCUUGGAAUGGGAAUAUCGUCUCAAUCAUAUGAUGGAAGGGACAGGGGAGAUCGCAAGACAGCCAUGAUCCAACGGGCAGGAUAUAUGGAAGAACCUCCUGCCAGAGUUCAUGGUAAAGAAGUGGUUAGCAAGGUGGCUCGUCGGGAUGUUGAUCCAAUGUACGAGCGAGAAUGGGAUGACGAAAAAAGGCAAAGAGCUGAACAGAAGCGGAGGCAUCGCAAGUAG